CCGCCCGCCCGCCCGCCCGCCCGCCGCGCGUCCGGGAGCCGGGCCGCCCCCGGGCCGCGCGCCCCUCUCCCCGCGAGCUCCCGCCGCGCCGCCCGCCGCAGGCCGAGGGCCGCCCCGGCCGAGGACCGGCAGGAGUGCGCGGCCGCCGAGCCGGGCCCGGUGGGACGGCGCCUUUUGUCCCCGGAGGCUCCUGGAAGUUUGCGGCGGCACGCGCGCGGGGAGGCGGCCGAGGCAGCCCCGACGUCGCGGGAGCGAGGGCUCCGGGCCAGCAUGGGCAGCGGGCGCGGCGCCGGGGGCCGCCGCGGGGCCGCCGGGGCAGUGCUGCUGGCGCUGGCCGCGGCGCUCCUGGCCGCAGGCUCGGCCAGCGAGUACGACUACGUGAGCUUCCAGUCGGACAUCGGCUCGUACCAGAGCGGGCGCUUCUACACCAAGCCGCCGCAGUGCGUGGACAUCCCAGUGGACCUGCGGCUGUGCCACAACGUGGGCUACAAGAAGAUGGUGCUGCCCAACCUUCUGGAGCACGAGACCAUGGCCGAGGUGAAGCAGCAGGCCAGCAGCUGGGUGCCCCUGCUCAACAAGAACUGCCACAUGGGCACCCAGGUCUUCCUCUGCUCGCUCUUCGCGCCCGUCUGCCUCGACCGGCCCAUCUACCCGUGCCGCUGGCUCUGCGAGGCCGUGCGCGACUCCUGCGAGCCCGUCAUGCAGUUCUUCGGCUUCUACUGGCCCGAGAUGCUCAAGUGUGACAAGUUCCCCGAGGGGGACGUCUGCAUCGCCAUGACUCCGCCCAAUGCUACCGAAGCCUCCAAGCCCCAAGGCACAACUGUGUGUCCUCCAUGUGACAACGAGUUGAAAUCGGAAGCCAUAAUUGAACAUCUCUGUGCGAGCGAGUUUGCACUGAGGAUGAAAAUAAAAGAAGUGAAAAAAGAAAAUGGCGACAAAAAGAUUGUCCCCAAGAAGAAGAAGCCCCUGAAGUUGGGGCCCAUCAAGAAGAAGGAGCUGAAGAAGCUUGUCCUGUACCUGAAGAACGGGGCCGACUGCCCCUGCCACCAGCUGGACAACCUCAGCCACCAUUUCCUCAUCCUGGGCCGGAAGGUGAAGAGCCAGUACUUGCUGACGGCAAUCCACAAGUGGGACAAGACAAACAAGGAGUUCAAAGCCUUCAUGAAGAAGAUGAAGAAUCACGAAUGCCCCACUUUUCAGUCGGUCUUUAAGUGAUUCUCUCGGGGCGGGUU